GAAGGAUAAUUUCGUACUUUUGAUUAAAAACUGCUCGAGACGGAAGUUUAAAUAACGAAGAGCUUCAGAGCCCUGUUCCGCCACGGCUUUCUGCUGAAGCUUCAACAAUGGCGGUUACUGACUUCUUCGUCGGAGAGAUCGCGACUGAGCUUCUCAGAAUGAUGGUACAACUUUCCACAAAAUCCUGCCUCUGUAAAACGACGGCAGCUCACAUCGCCAAUUCCAUUCAACAAAUAUUGCCGAUUAUUGAGGAGAUAAAGUACUCGGGGGUUGAAUUGCCCGCUCAUCGUCAAUUUCAGUUGGAUCGCUUCAGCGAGACUCUCAGAAAAGGCGUUGAGAUUUCCGAGAAGGCUCUCCAAUGCGGCCGAUUGAACAUUUACAGAAACUUGCAGCUCGCGAGGAAGAUGGAGAAGCUCGAAAAGGAUAUCGACCGCUUCAUUAACGGCCCUAUGCAGGCGCAUAUACUGGCCGACGUACACCACAUGAGAUUCGAGACCACCGAGCGAUUCGAUCGGCUCGAAGGAAAUUUGCUGGAACGGCGGCUCGAGUCAAUGAAGAUUAGGGCAGACGGUUCGGGAGAGGGAGGGUGGUGGAUAGAGGAGGCGUUUAAGAGGGCGGAGGAGGAAGAAAGCUACGAGACUAAUGUGCUGAAUAUAGGAAUUGGAUUGCGUGAGGCGAAGAAGGAAUUGAAGGAGCUGGUGACUGGAAGGGACGAUUUGACAGCGGUUGGGAUUACUGGACUCGGCGGUUCGGGGAAGACGACUUUAGCUAGAGAAUUCUGCAAAGAUCCUGAAGUUCGAAGUUACUUUAAAGAGAAAAUAUUGUUCUUGACGGUGUCGCAGUCCCCUGAUAUUGAUCAACUGAGGAGAACGAUCUGGGGUUAUGUAAUGGGUAGCGAUAGUUUGAAUGCUUAUGAUCCGAUUUCUCAAGGGAGGCCUGCAAAUUCAGCUUUAGUGGUUCUGGAUGAUGUGUGGUCAAUCUCAGUUCUUGAGAACCUCAUUCCAAACAUUCCUGGCUGCAAAACUCUUGUGGUUUCUCGAUUCAAAUUCUCUGAGGUUCUUCGUGCUACUUAUGAAGUAGAGUUAUUGAGGGAAAGUGAAGCAGUUGCUCUGUUUUGCCACUCUGCUUUUGGGCAAUGGACCAUUCCUUUCACUGCUAAUCACAACUUGGUCAAACAGGUUGUGAAUGAAUGCAAAUGCCUGCCUCUGGCUCUUAAAGUCAUAGGAGCGUCUCUCAGAGGACAAAGCGAGAUGUUCUGGAACACUGCAAAGACCAGGUUGUCGCGAGGUGAGCCUAUUUGUGAGUCUCAUGAGAACAAAUUGCUUCGUAGAAUGGCAAUCAGUAUUGAUUGUCUCUCGAGUAAAGUGAGAGAAUGCUUCCUCGAUUUGGGAUGCUUUCCCGAAGACAGAAAGAUUCCUCUUGAUAUUCUCAUCAAUGUUUGGAAGGAGUUACACGAUCUUGAUGAAGAAGAAGCUCUUGCUGUCCUGUUCGAGUUAUCUCAGAAGAAUCUCCUUACUCUGGUGAAAGAUGCACGCGGUGGUGACUUUUACAGCAGUUAUUAUGAGAUGUAUGUCACUCAACACGAUGUCUUGAGGGACAUUGCUCUUCAUUUCAGUAGCCGGGAGAGUGUAAAUGACCGCAAGCGAUUGCUGAUGCCAAAAACUGAAACGGAGCUUCCAAAAGAAUGGUUAAGGAAAUCAGAUCAGCCAUUCAACGCCCAACUGGUUUCUAUUCACACAGGGGAAAUGAAAGAAAUGGAUUGGACGCAGAUGAUAUUUCCCGAGACCGAAGUGUUGAUUCUAAACUUCUCGUCGAGUGAAUAUUUCUUGCCUCCUUUCCUUUGCAACAUGCCGAAGCUGAGAACACUGGUUGUGCUAAACAACAAUGCAGCACAUGCAACUCUCAGCAAUUUUUCUGUUUUUUCUAGUUUGACCAACUUGAAGAGCAUCUGGCUGGAAAAAGUUUCCAUCACACGACUAGUAGAUAAUUGCGUCCCAUUGAAACAUCUGAGGAAGAUAUCUCUUGUUUUCUGCAAGAUUAACAACAGCCUCGACGAGUCGAUGAUAAAUGUAUCGCAGAUCUUCCCGAGCCUUUCGGAACUCAAAAUCAAUUACUGCAAUGACUUGGUUAAGCUACCUUCAAGCAUUUGUGAGAUGCAAAAUCUCAAGUGUCUUUGUGCCACCAACUGUCAUAGUCUGAGCCAACUGCCAUCCAACUUUUGGAAGCUAAAGAAUUUACAAAUCUUGAGGCUUUUUGCUUGCCCACAUCUCACAACUCUACCACCAGGCAUUUGUGAACUCUCUUCUCUCAAGUACAUUGACAUUUCUCAAUGUGUUAACUUGUUCAGACUUCCUGAAGAACUUGGUAAACUGGCAAACUUAGAGAAAAUUGACAUGAGAGAAUGCCCACAGAUCAGAGGACUACCCAGAUCAGUUGUGUCCAUGCAAUCUCUCCAUCACGUAAUCUGUGAAGAAGACGUCUCGUGGGUGUGGGAGGAUUUGAAGAAUCACAUGCCUAAUCUCUACAUUCAAGUGGCCGAGAAAUGCUUCGAUCUCGACUGGCUCAACGAUUGAUUAUCAGGUUUGUUGUUAUUACUCUUUUUAUGUAUACAACUUUUCCUAAUCUCAGAAAGUAAUCAAUUGUAUGAACAUUUUAAAGUUAAAGCUCUUCAUGAUCCACUCUUCAAUCUCUUGCUGAA